ACCUCUUUGUGGCCCUUGUCUUCUUGGUGCUUGUCUGGUCUUCAGAGACCUUUUCCAUCAUUAUAACCAAGGAUAGGACUGUUGGGGAAAAUAUAUACCGGUGUAUUUUAAAUUAUUUGUUGCUCUGCACUGUGCAAACUCUCUUCACCAGCGACAGACAUUGUCGGACAGGAGGACAGAUAUUCCUGGGCGUCGUCUGGCCACCAAAGCAGAGCAUCCAUUCAUCCUUUCAUUGGCAGCUGAGGUUUUUUUUCCCAGACGAGCUAGCUAGCGUUAGCCGAGAGGCAGGGGGCAGCUGUGACAGAGGCGAACAAUGUCGGGUUACCAAGGAAAGAAGAAUAUUCCACGAAUCACAAGUGACCGUCUCCUCAUCAAAGGAGCAAAGAUAGUGAACGAUGAUCAGUCAUUCCUGGCCGAUAUCUACAUGGAGGAUGGAGUCAUCAAGCAAAUUGGAGACAACCUCAUUGUUCCUGGGGGAGUUAAGAUCAUAGAGGCUCAUGGGAGAAUGGUGAUGCCCGGGGGUAUUGACGUGCACACCCGUUUUCAGAUGCCUGACCGAGGCAUGGUGGCAGCAGAUGACUUCUACCAGGGCACCAGGGCAGCCCUGGCUGGGGGGACAACUAUGAUCAUUGACCAUGUGGUGCCAGAGCCUGGCGUAGACUUGGUCGCAGCUUUUAAACAGUGGAGGGAGUGGGCUGACAGCAAGUCCUGCUGUGACUAUUCUCUGCAUGUGGACAUCACCGAUUGGAACAAAGGCACCCAAGAAGAGAUGGAGACCUUGGUGAAGGACCAUGGUGUCAACUCUUUCCUGGUCUAUUUGGCUUAUAAGGAUGUUUUCCAACUUUCUGACUCCCAGAUCUAUGAGGUGUUCAGUGUCAUCAGAGAUCUUGGAGCCAUUGCACAGGUGCAUGCUGAGAACGGAGACAUCAUCUUAGAGGAGCAGAGACGUAUUCUGGAGCUGGGGAUCACUGGUCCUGAAGGUCAUGUGCUCAGCCGCCCAGAGGAGGUGGAGGCUGAGGCCGUGAACCGCUCAGUCACCAUAGCCAAUCAGACCAACUGUCCCCUCUACAUCACCAAGGUGAUGAGCAAGAGUGCUGCUGAUGUGAUUGCCCUCGCCAGGAAAAAGGGUGCUGUGGUUUACGGAGAGCCCAUAUCUGCCAGCUUGGGUACAGAUGGUACUCAUUACUGGAGCAAGAACUGGGCCAAGGCUGCAGCCUUUGUCACUUCUCCGCCGCUGAGUCCUGAUCCCACAACCCCCGACUACCUCAACUCUCUGUUGUCAUGUGGGGACUUGCAGGUGACUGGUAGUGCUCACUGCACUUUCCAGACCUCUCAGCGUGCAAUAGGCAAAGAUGACUUCACUCUUAUCCCAGAGGGCACCAACGGAACUGAGGAGAGGAUGUCCCUAAUCUGGGACAAAUGUGUGGUGACUGGUAAGAUGGAUGAGAAUCAGUUUGUGGCGGUGACCAGCACAAAUGCAGCAAAGAUCUUCAACCUGUUCCCCCGCAAGGGCCGCAUUGCUGUGGGCUCUGAUGCUGAUCUUGUGUUGUGGGACCCAGACGUCACCAAGAUCAUUUCAGCCAAGAGCCACAACCUGGCUGUGGAGUAUAACAUCUUUGAGGGCACAGAAGUGCGUGGAGGUCCUGUGGUUGUGAUCAGCCAGGGCAAGAUUGUGUUGGAGGAGGGCAGCUUUCACACCACGGAGGGUUGUGGACGCUACAUCAGCCGCAAACCUUUCUCUGACCACGUGUACAAGAGGAUAAAGGCUCGCAGCAGGCUUACAGAGCUGCGCGGAGUCCCCAGAGGCCAGUAUGACGGGCCGGUGUGUGAGGUGACUGUGACUCCUAAAGUGAUGUCCACAGUCACCUCAGUGAAGACUUCUCCUGCCAAGCAGCAGCAGCAACAGCAGCAGUCAACUCAGCAGCCGGUGCGCAACCUCCACCAGUCCGGCUUCAGUCUGUCUGGGGCCCAAAUUGAUGACAACAUUCCACGACGCAACACUCAGCGCAUUGUGGCGCCCCCUGGUGGAAAAGCUAACAUCACCAGCCUUGGCUAAGCUCUUUUGUUAACUGAGCCGGGGGAUGCAGGAAAAACACGGGACCAGAGGUCACUUCUACUGCUGUCACAUCACAUCUGGUCACCUCUGACUCCCCCUGCACCCAACCCACAAGUACUCCAUCCAUUCUCAUUCACACAUCACCAUUUUGUCACCUCAUGCAAAAAAAAAAAAACGACCUCACUAUUCCACCCUUUUGUCUUUCCUGCCAUAUUCCACUAUCAAGGAAGGAUCAUGUGAAUUGAAGCAGAUUGUUUUGCUGUUAAGACCAGUAUGAUCACUGAUUUAAUGAAUUUGUUUACAUUUUUUUGUAUAAUUGUUGCUGCAAAUAUUUGAGCUGUUCAUUUGCCCUCGCUGCUCUGAGAGUUGUCAGUUUCAGCGGGCAUGUCAGAAACUCCGUUUUUCUUAACACUCUGUUCAUUAGUCAGAUAUAAGUUUUAAUGUUUCUGGUGGUGCUGUUACUGCACCACCUUCAGUCUGUCAUUUUGUAACACUGUUUUACUAAAAUAUUGUUGCUUGAAUACAGAAAUAAUACAGAAAAAACAAAUGAAAUAUUAGACUUAACAAUAUGGUUUCUUCAUUUCAUAACAGCUCGUUUUAUCUGAGGUUUGCAGUAUUUUUUUGUGUAAGUAGUGUGAAAAGCUGAACAAUUCACCUUGGUCUUCCUUUUAUGUUGUUGUUGCACUUUUAAAAGAUUAAUAAUGUUGUUAUCACAUGAAGUCAUAUUGGAAAAAGCUCUCAAUCAUUCAGCUUAGCUCUGAAUAUGAGGGACGAAUCUGCUGGCAUGAAACAUUUCAGUCCAAGAAACAUGAAACGUUUCCUUCAUUUCAUUGUUUUAUUUUUUCCUCACGUCUAUUUAGAGGUUAUGAAGGCAGCAAGCUUCGGAGAGCUCAAAUGGUGUAUAUUUUUCAGAAAACAGACGAAGGAGAAGAUAGAUUGGAGAUUAGUGGACAACCUCUCUGCACCUGGUGCUAUAUGAGUAUUGCUGUUUCUGUGCAGAUGAUAUCUUUAACUCCACCCGGCAGUCAUGUCAGCCAGAGCAGAGUCACAUUACCAAUGUUUGACAUGAUUUGUUUCGCACCUGCAACAAUCCAAACAUUAAAAAAAAUGUCUGUGAGCUUGCAACUUUUUCUUUGUAAUGGAUAUAUCUGUAUGUUUUUGUUGAAUUGAACUACUUGCCUGCCUGUUCUGUAAGAUAUUGAUAGCACACUGUAUCUAUGAAGGCUCGUGAAAGAAGUGAAACCAUGAUCUUUGAGACCUGAUGAAAAAUCUUGUGGUAUGUAAAUGAAAUCCGUCACAGCGUGCUGAUGAUGUGUCCACUGUACUCGGUGUUAGUGUUGUGAAUGAAUUACCAGAUAUCCAGUUUUUUCUUCUCAUACCCCCAGACCCUCUACCCUCCCCGACACCAGACACACUCGAGGUAGUAACUGUAGAAAGUCACCAAACAGCAUUGGGUUUUCAGUUUUUAACGGUGAAACACUGGGUUAUUUCUUCCUCAUUGCCUUGUCAAGUGUAGGUUUCGUAUGGUGAGCUAUAAUGUGAAGUGAUUUACAUUCGGGGAAGUUUCUUAGUAAUGGUUGUUGAGUUGUGAUGUUGAGCACUGUUGUCGUCCCUCUCGCAGCACGUGUGAUACUCUCUCAGUCAUGUAUGUUCUGUAGGAUAUCAGGGUUUUAUGGGGAAAUCAUCAUCGGUCCUGUCAGCAUUUGACCAUAUCUGUGUUGACCUCAGUGGAUUAAAAUGAUAAAAUGAG